AUGUGGAGGAGUACGACGGUCAUUGUGUGGAGUUUGGGGAGAAGUGUCCCGGUGGACUGGGUGGCAAAGGAGAUCCGGCGGGUAGGGAGAUUGGAGUAUAAUGUGGAGUGUUUUCCAUUGAUGGACGGUUUCAUAGCGAUUAGGUUUGCUAACAAAGAAGAUCGGAAGGCUGCACUGCUGAAUGGUCCCUGGAUGGUGGCAGGCCAGUUGCUGGGCAUGGAUCGGUGGCAGCCCAAUUUUGUGCCGGGUGCUGGCGAUGUAGGGAGAGUGGUGGUCUGGCUUCGGUUGCCGGAGCUACCUUUGGAUUACCGGAAGAAGGCUACCAUACUUCGGAUUGCGGCGACGACCGGCAAGCCUUUGGCAGUGGAUGGUAUUACGGAGCAGGGGCGACGGUACAGCUACACCAGGGUGAAGGUCGAGGUGAAUUGUUCUGCCCCGUUCAAGCUAGGGACUUUUGUGAUGGGGAGGACGAAAGGGAUUGAGGAAAGAUUUUGGCAGGGUUUUGUCUAUGAGAACUUGCCUGCCCCGUGCUCCAACUGUGGGAGAAUCGACUAUAUGGGGAGGGAAUGUGGACCGCCCACUCCAGUGAUGGUGGAGGCAGAGGAGGCGAAGCAGUGUAGAAAAGAAAAAAAUGCUAGUUGGGGGGUGCUCUUUAGCGGUCCCAAUGCAGACAGAGGGGGAGGGAGCAGUGCCGAGGGAACAGCCAGUUUUCGGACCCUGGAUGGUCACGAAUCGGAUCUGGUACCAGCGGGCAGCCAGGCCGUCCACCAGGAGGAAGGUGACGACCGAAUCAGGGGCGAGGCAGAACUCGGCGUCGUCACCUUCGAGUCCCAGUCCUAG